GAGACCGCGCCUUGCUCAUCUACCCCCAUACGCCCUCCCAGCCAUGGCCGGCGCACUCCCAAAUGCGAAGCAGAACCUUCCCAAGAUCAGAGAUGAAGACCGCGAGUCCCGCUUCGGCCAGGUCUUUGGCGUAUCCGGCCCUGUCGUCGUCGCCGAGAACAUGACUGGCUCUGCCAUGUACGAGCUUGUCCGUGUCGGACAUGAUGAGCUCGUCGGAGAGGUCAUCCGUAUUGACGCGGACAAGGCUACAAUCCAAGUGUACGAGGAGACGUCCGGAGUAACGGUCGGUGAUCCCGUUCUCCGGACAGGGAAGCCUCUCAGUGUUGAGCUCGGUCCUGGCCUGAUGAGUAACAUCGUCGAUGGGAUUCAACGGCCACUACGAGCUAUCCAAGAGCUCUCCAAGUCAAUAUACAUUCCCCGUGGUAUCAACACUGAAGCUCUUGACCGGUCACUGAAGUGGGACUUCAACCCCGUCAACUACAAGGUCGGCGACCAUAUUUCUGGAGGUGACAUCUUUGGGCGCGUCUACGAGAACUCCCUCGUUGACAACCACAAGAUCAUGCUCGGUCCUCGCGGUCUCGGUACCAUCACCCACAUCGCCGAGAAGGGCAGCUAUGCUGUCGAUGAUGUCGUUCUGGAGACGGAGUUUAAUGGUCAGACCACGAAACACACUCUGAUGCAAGUGUGGCCUGUUCGUGCGCCCCGUCCGGUCACGGAGAAGCAUACUGCCGAUUACCCUCUACUCACUGGUCAGCGGAUCCUGGAUGCUCUAUUCCCUUGCGUGCAAGGAGGGACAACCGCGAUUCCGGGUGCCUUCGGUUGUGGAAAGACGGUUAUCUCUCAAGCACUGUCCAAAUACUCGAACAGCGAUAUCAUCAUUUAUGUCGGUUGCGGAGAGCGCGGUAAUGAGAUGGCGGAAGUACUCAUGGAUUUCCCCGAGCUGACUAUGGAAGUCGGCGAUCGUCAAGAACCAAUCAUGAAGCGCACGACUCUUGUCGCCAAUACGUCGAACAUGCCUGUCGCUGCCCGUGAGGCGUCCAUCUACACCGGUAUCACCCUCGCGGAGUACUUCCGUGACCAGGGCACGAACGUCUCCAUGAUGGCGGACUCUACAUCACGUUGGGCCGAGGCAUUGCGUGAAAUCUCAGGUCGUCUGGCGGAGAUGCCCGCUGAUUCCGGGUACCCCGCUUACCUUGGUACGAAAUUGGCCAGCUUCUACGAGCGUGCGGGUAAGGUUACUUGCCUGGGUAACCCCGUUCGCCAGGGUACUGUAUCCAUCGUCGGCGCUGUCUCCCCUCCUGGUGGUGACUUCUCAGAUCCCGUUACUGCCGCCACCCUCGGUAUCGUGCAGGUGUUCUGGGGUCUUGAUAAGAAGCUCGCGCAACGGAAACACUUCCCGUCCGUCAACUGGUCGCUAUCGUACUCCAAGUACACGAAGGUUCUCGAGCAGCACUACGAGACGACGGAGCCCGGCUUCGUCGAGCUGCGCACGAAGACGAAGGAGAUCCUGCAAAAGGAGGAGGACCUCGCCGAGAUCGUGCAGCUCGUCGGCAAGUCGGCGCUGGGCGAGAACGACAAGAUCACGCUCGAGGUCGCGCGCAUGCUCAAGGACGACUUCCUGCAGCAGAACAGCAUGUCCGAGUACGACCGCUUCUGCCCGUUCUACAAGACGAGCGCGAUGCUCCGCAACUUCGUCGCGUUCCACGACGCGGCCCAAAAGGCGGUCGCCGGCGGUGACGUCACGUUCGCGAAGAUCCGCGACUCCGCGGCGGACAUCAUGUACAAGCUCUCGCAGAUGAAGUUCGAGUCGCCGUCGCAAGGAAAGGAGCCUAUCAAGCAGAGGAUGGACGCUUUGUACAGCGAGAUCCAGGAGAAGUUCCGUCAGCUGGUAGAGUAGGCUGGACGCUAUACCCCAUCUCGAUCACGAUUUCAAGUUCUGUAUGUCGCAAUAGUUGUUCUCAAUUCUCUCCAUUCAGCAAUACGACUCGUAUGUGAUGUCACUCCG